AUGGCACCGACGCUCGAAGCCCCCGAAACGACCUCCCAGCUCGUCAACGACGGCCUCAAGCGCACAAUCACCAAAACCGCCCCUUCCCUCAUCCCCAACGGCGUCCACGCCCUCCCCGAGCUCGACGCCUCCCGCCUAACCACCACUCUAACCUCCCACCCGCGCUCCGUACCCCUCCCCGACAGCGACGAAGUCAAAGCGCAACGAACAUGCACCGACCACAUGGUAACUGCGCAAUGGACGCUCUCAGCCGGGUGGGCCGCACCGGAGCUAAAGCCGUACGGCCCGCUCUCCCUCAUGCCGACAAGCUCAUGUCUCCACUACGCGACCGAAUGCUUCGAGGGCAUGAAACUCUACCGGGGCUUCGACGGCCGCCUUCGUCUCUUCCGACCCAGCCUCAACUGCCGCCGCAUGCUCGUCUCCAGCACGCGCAUCGCGCUGCCCAGCUUCCCACCCGCCGAGCUCGAGCAACUGAUCAUUGCGCUGUGUGCGAGAGAUGGGCCCAAGUGGCUCCCCAAGGAGCGACCGGGCAGUUUCCUCUAUAUACGCCCGACGAUGAUCGGGAAUGAUCCUGCGCUCGGCGUGCAGAAGCCCAAGGAGGCGCUGCUGUACAUCAUCGUGGCGUGCUUCCCCAACAUGUCCGCGGGCACGGGUCCGAAGCCGGGGAUGAAGCUGCUCGCGAGCCAGGAAGACAUGGUCAGGGCGUGGCCCGGAGGGUUCGGAUACGCGAAGGUGGGCGCGAACUAUGGGCCGUCUUUGCUGGCGCAGGGCGAGGCGCGCGCGAAGGGGUAUGAUCAGAUUCUGUGGCUCUUUGGGGAGGACUGCGAAGUCACGGAGGCGGGCGCGAGCAAUUUCUUCGUUGUGUGGAGGACGAGGGAGGGCGGCCUGCAGCUUGUGACGGCGCCGCUCGGGGAGAAGAUCAUCCUGGAUGGCGUCACGCGGAGGAGUGUGCUUGAGUUGGCGAGGGAGAGAUUGAGCGGACGGGACGAGGAGUUGGAGGCUGUCGAGGUUGUGGAGCGCAAGUUCCAGAUGCAUGAGCUCGUUGAGGCCGUCGAGGAGGGGAGGUUGGUCGAAGCCUUUGCGGCCGGUACCGCGUUCUUUAUUGCGCCCAUCGCGGCAAUCAGCUUUAGGGGUAAGGACUUGAAGAUCCCUAUGGCAAAGGGCGAUACGGGUGCCUAUGCGGGCGCUAUCAAGACGUGGUUGAUGGACAUCAUGUAUGGAAGGUGCCAGCAUGAGUGGGGUGUUGUUAUUGAGGAAGAAGAGUAG